AUGCAGGGCUUCAACAUGGGCAAGUACGUGCCGCCCGAGCACGAGGGCACCGUCAGCGGCAACAAGCUGCACAAGAAGCACGCGCUGGGGGCGCGCGCUUCCAAACUGCGUACCGAAGGCAUCUUGGUCGUGCGCUUCGAGGUACCGUACGCCAUUUGGUGCGCGACGUGCCCGCAGCCAACCAUCAUCGGGCAGGGCGUGCGCUUCAACGCCGAGAAGCGCCGCGCGGGCCAGUACUACACCACCCCGAUAUGGUCCUUUCGCUUCCGCCACGCCGCGUGCGGCGGCACCAUCGAGAUGCGCACCGAUCCCCAGAAUACGGCGUACGUGGUGGUGUCGGGCGCGACGCGGCGCGACACCGGCAACGACAAGAAAAGCCAAGAAGAGCUCGAGGGCGGCGUCCCGAUCCUGACGGACGCGGAGCGGCAAGAGCUGCGGAGUAACGCCUUUGCGAGCCUGGAAAAGACAAUCAACGACAGGGAGCAGCUGCGCGACUCGUCGCAGCGCAUCGACGGGCUCAUGGACGUCGCGGCGCGACAGUGGGAGGACCCCUACGCGCUGAACCAGAAGCUGCGGAGAACGUUUCGCGCUGGCCGCAAGGAGAGAGAGGUGACCGCCGCGGCGACGGAGGCGCUGCAGGACAGGAUGAGUCUGGGCAUGGACAUUCUACCCGAGACAGAGGAGGAUGCGAGACGGGCGCGGCUGGUGGAUUUUGCGCCGGGCGAGAAUCGCGAUGCGGCGCUUUCCAAGCCGCUGUUUGAGACGGCCGCUCCAAAGGAGAAGAAGCAGAGCGACGGCAAGAGCGUGGGCGUCACGAGGGAGGCGAGGCGAAAGAUGCAGAUGAGGGAAUCGUUUGCGACGCAGGUCGUGGGAAACACGCGAGCCGCCAAGGACCCGUUUCUGCAGGCGAGUCCCGGGACGAGGCGGGUAGGGGAGGGAAAAGCCGCCAGGAUACCGGGCAUCAAAAGGAAGAGAGACGCGACGAGUGCAGAGGAUGCUGGUGCGCCGAGUAAGGCUCUGCAUAGCAGUUCUGGAGCGUCGAAAGGCACUGCUCUUGUAGAAUAUGAUUCGGACUAG